GCCAUCACUGGAGCACAACGCAAUCAAUUUCUUGGGUCUUGUUUUCGAAAGAAUCUUAUGAUCCCAAUCGCCGAAAACGUAAUUUAGAGCAUCGGAUUCUGCAGGUGGAUUGUGAAAGUUAACCGUUACACCUUCCCGCGCACAAUGGAGGAAAUACUGAACGACACCAUUCACAACGACGAACUGGAGAAAUUCGAGAAAAAGUACAAUGAGGAACUGAAACUGAGAGGCACCGUUUCAACCACAACACAGUUCGAGUAUGCCUGGUGUAUGGUUCGGAGCGACUUCAAAAGCGACAUGAAAAGGGGAAUAUCGCUGUUGGAGAAUCUGUUCGCAAGCCACCCUGAAGGGCGCCGUGACUACCUGUACUAUCUGGCCAUCGGGCACACGCGACUUCAGGAGUAUUCGGAGGCGCUCAAGCACGCCCAAGCGUUCCUGGAGAUUGAACCGAACAACCAGCAGGUGAUCGCCCUGGAGGAGAUGGUCAAAAAGCGGAUGGAAAUCGAGGGCCUCAAAGGUGUCGCAAAAGCCACCGGUGCAGCACUGGUCGUCGGGGGUAUUUUGGGACUGGGGUUUGCGCUGUUUAAGAAAUGAAAAUCACAGUAAACUUUCACGGUUGGCCGAGGGGGCCACCAUGAAAGAUUACUUCUCCCGCUUGGCUGUAAUCAAAGCCCCGUUGCUGGUAGCAUUCGCAAACUUUGGCUGGAGGCUCGAAAGUUUCAGUUUUUAUUUAGUCAUAAUUAAUGAUACGUUUUAGCGGAAGCCCUCUUGGAAGUCUAGGAAUUAAUUUAUCAACGGCAAAGGCUGCAUAGAACUAAAUGUGGCGAAAAAGGCAUAAGUGGCGCAUAAAAGUAUGUCAAUAUUCGAUUCGAAAACAGCAAAGCGAAUCUUCCGGUUCUGUUAGAAUCACGAAACGUAGACAACACGCUCGUUUCCUGAGUUAAUGAUAGGGGUUUUAGUUUAUCUCUUGAUGCUUGGCUAUGAAUUACACGCAGGGAAAUCGUAUUUUGAGGUACAGACGGUAGCACGGUAAUGGUCCAAGCGAUUCUCGUUGUGAGGUGUGCCUGAUUUGCGAAGAACCGUCGUUCCCGUUUGUGAAGGCAGAUCCGUGGGGAGUAAGUGAAACAAAAGGCAGGAACAUGAUAGAGUGAUAUCGGUUUGUAAUAAAAUAUUCCAAAUAUAGAUGUAUAUUU